AGUAUUGAUAUUUUACAACAAAUAAACUCUUAGAAAUUAAGGAUGAAAACAAAGCCUUUUAUCUUCCUAUGUUUCCUUUGUGUCCUGUUUCUUAUCUCUGUUGUGGCAAGUGAGGCAUUCGAAAAUGGUGAUGGCAAGGGAAGUCGGGUAUCAACUAUGCUAUUGUGUUGGGAUUGGGGAUGGGGUAAGUCUGAAAAAGGAUCAAAGGAUGGAAAUGAAAAAGAUGAUAAGAGUAAAGCAGUACCCGAUGACAAAUUUCAAGGUUUCGGUGGCCCUAAUGGUGGUGCCCCUGGUGGUAGUUGGGGAGGACCUGGUGGUAAUUUGGAAGACCAUCAUGUACCCUUUGGUGAUAUAAGUAGUGGACAUCCUUGAAAACUAUAUGUGUCAUGUAGUAUGCAAAAUAAAGCAUAGACUAGUUUGCUAUAUGAUCAACUAUCUUUAGUUGCGGAUCUAGAUACUAGGGAAUAAGCGGGUGUAAAAAAUUAUUUUAAAAGAUAUUGUAAAAAAAACUAAAUAUGAUAUUUAUUCUAAUA